AAUAGCGAAAAUUGAAUUAAAAACCUCACGUCAAAAAAUGAAAUAUCGAUUUUGUGGAAUAUCGAAGCGUGAGAGAACAGUUAUGUAAUUAUUUUAUACGCUGUGAUUUAAAAUAACAAAAAUGGCCAAUCAGUUCUCAUCGCCAUGUUACAAAUUAUAUCAAUUCCAGACCGUCGAUGUUUAAAGAGAAGUCUCUUGUUAUCACUUAUUACUUCAGCGCAUAUUCUAAACAGUGUUUCCGAAGGCAAUUAUAUAAUGGAUCCCUGGGAGAAAUCAUUUGUGGGUCGCACUUUAAGUAUGUCUCAAGCAUCAUGUAAUCAAUACGCAAGUGAAUCUAAAAAAGCCGUCGAAUUAUUUAGAUCCUGGCUGCAAACGCAUGAAGAAGCUCAGAUUAUGGUGGGCAGCGUUCUUAUCGUGUUUGGUCUGUGGUGGCUGGCGCGAACGCUGUUCGCUCUGGUUGUCAACCUACUCUGUCCACUCCUGUUCGUCCUCCUCGCUGUUAUUUGCGUGCCUCAGCUUCGAGUAUCUCUCUUGGGUCAAAAUUAUCCGAUAGUUGCGAAUUUGUUGAGAAGUAUUUUGCUCAAAAUGGCCGAUAGUCUCAGUACAGCUGCCUAAAUUUUUCACGUAAUAAAUUUCAGUUUUUAAAUAGA